UCUAUCCUUGUCCAACUAAAUAUAGCGCUACGCACAGAUCGUCGUCAGCGGCUGUAUCUUCACACGCAUAAUGCAUUAUCGUUUCAUCUCCGUCUAAUCCCGUCGUAUUGUGUGAGUGUGUGUAUGUGUAUUAUUGUUUUUUCUCGUUCCUUCCACUUUUAAAAUUUAUACAUAUAUACAUGUACAAUGAGUAUUUAUAUUUUUACAUAUAAUAAUAUAUAUACUUAAUUAUAGUGCGUGCGUGCGUUUUUAUUAUAAUAGCGGCUGCCGCAUUUUUUCGCUUAUAUGAUUUUUUUUUUAUAAACUGACCGCAAACAUUAAUCAAAAAUUUGCUCUUUAAAAAUUAUAAUAAGCCAGAACGGCCAUUGUGGCCAUCGAGUACUACUACAAUUGACGUGCGCAUGAAUAUCUGUUCAUCAUCUUUUAUUUAUCAGGUAUUAAGUGCAUCAUCUCUAGUGUGUACUUGUAACGGCAAAGGGCCGGAUCAACAACACUAAUCACCACUAAAACGAAAUGAUGGCGUAGACUGCAAGUGUCUUUCAUACAAAUCUACUCUGAUGUUCACAACCCCAACACCCAGAAAGUCACGCUGUGAUGCAUUUGGUUAGUCCAGCGUAGUUAAUAGAAAUGAGCCACAAUAUGGGCGGCAUGGCCCCUUAUGUCACAUUACCUAGAGGCCGCAAUCAAAUGCCGUAUUACAAUCAGUGUCAGGACAUGCCACCACAUAUGCAGAGAGGUCCAUGCUAUCCUGAUGACUUUAAUAAAAUGGGUGGACCAUGCUCGAUGUUGCCAAUGGGUAAUGAGUUUAAAUCACCUAUGAUGACUCCAGAUCCACCACCUCCUCCAGCUAAAAAAAAGAGAAGAACAUCUAAUGCAGCAACUGUUACUAAUCAUACACCUCAGCCACCACCUCCAUCACCACAAGAUUUACUCCCUCCUCCUUUAUCAGGUUAUGGGGACACAAUUGUUGCAUCUAAUCCAUUUGAUGAUACUCCACCUCCAAUCAUGAAUACCAAUCCAAUAAAUCGGCAAAUGAUGAAUUCUCGUCCAAUGAUGUCUGGAAGUCCUUGUCAAAUGGGUAGUUCACCUAUGAAUUGUGGACCUCCAAUGGGUAGUCCAAUGGGAGGUCCAUGUGGUAACAGUCCACACAGAAAUUCUAUGGUAUGUGGUCCUCCAAUGAUGAACUGUGGUGCUCCUGGUAACAGUCCACAUACAAUGUCUAUGAAUCGAAGUCCAUCUGCUAUGGGUAGUCCACACAUGGUUUCAAAUAUGCGUGGGAAUAGUCCAAUGGAAUGUGCUGCUAUGGUGAAGCCAUCACUAAAUUGUGCUUCUCCUAUGGGUAGUCCUAUUCCACCUAAUUCUAGUAUGAAUAUUCACCCUCCAAUGUCAAGUCCUAUGACUAUGGGACCAUCACCACUUAAUGGACAUCCAAACUCUGGACCAGGUGGUAGCCCUAUGAUGAUGGGUAGAGGAGGACCUUCACCUCUAACUAAUAGUCCUAUGUCUAUGAAUAUGCCAGUUAGUUCAGCUGACAUGAAUGAUAUGAAUCAACACAUGUCUAUGGAUAAUGGAGGUUGUUCAAUUAGGGGACCACCAUGUCCUGGAUCUAACAAUAUGCCAUCAGUUUCUAUGUCGUGUAGGCCACCUAUGUCUAAUCAGCAGUGCAAUAGUAUGCCUGGACCUAGUAAUAUGAUGAAUUGUCCAAGGGGAAUGCCUUGCUCACAAAUGAUGAGGGGGCCACCACAAUCUUCUGAUCAACAUAGACUUAUGCCUCCUAUGAUGCACCAUUCUCAAAUACCUAAUAGUCAACCAGGAGGUUAUGGACCUGGGCCUAAUUCUAAACCAAUACCAGUGUCAGCUGGAAAGGUAAAUCUAUCUGAGUACUCGAGAGUGAUUAUAGUAUUUUACGUGUAUUGUAAAAUGUUAAUAAUACAAUUUAACUUCUAAAUAAGUUUUCAAUGU